AGACAGAUCCUCUGCCUGCACACGCUGUUCAGCUGAAUGCAGUCUGUGCAAAUACCAAUACUGAAGCACAAGGUUUCCACGCCUGCAGAGGGAGAACGACUGAACCAUUUCUCAGAGCACAAAGCAGCACCAGAACCCACAGCACACCAGAGGAGAAGGAUCCCAACAAGUUCUGACCCCCAGCUCCCAGAAGAGGAUGUACAGAUAUUGCUGCUGGAGUCCAAUACUUCCACACCCGCUAUGGGAGAAGGAGACCAACAGGAAACAUUUUCAGAGCACCAAGCAGCACCAGAGCCCCUUGGGCAGAGUGGAGGACACCAAUGGGGUUCCUGGUGCCAUGGGAUGGGAAGAAGGAGAUCCUGUGUGCAGCUCAUUGCCGUGCAUGCAGCGCUGGGAGCACUCAUCCUCAUGCUGGUGGUGCUGGUGAUAUCGACCGUGUGUCGGCGGGCCCCCAUCCCACCUUUCUCAGCCUUUGGCCACGCAUGCCCCAACGCCUGGGUCGGAUUCCAGGGGAAAUGCUAUUAUUUUUCGAAGGAGGAGAAUGAUUGGAACAGCAGCAGGGAGCACUGCAGUGCCCACGGAGCUUCCCUGGCCACCAUAGGCAGUGCGGAGGAGAUGGAUUUCAUGAUGCGCUUCCAGGGCCCGGCAAACUGUUGGAUCGGGCUGCACAGGGAAGAAGAGGACGCCCAGUGGACAUGGAGCGAUGGCACAGCCUUCACCAACUGGAGAGGCAGCCCCAGCUUUUCUCAGCAGACUGGGGCACCUUUCCCAUUCUCCUCCCUCUUGGGCACAGGUUUGAGCUGCGAGGUGGAGGCCGAUGUGCGUACCUGAACGGGGACAGGAUCAGCUCAUCCCUGUGCCACCUACACAAGCACUGGGUCUGCAGCAGAGCUGACCACUACGUCCUCUGGAAGCAAAAGGUGCACCCACAAUGAGACAUCCCAUCACCACCAACCUUGUGCCAGUGCUGCUGUUGUAUUACAGUGUAUUAUCUUGCAGCCCGA